UCACGAAAAAACUCAAAUAACAACAAGAAAAUGAAUGUAGUCACACUUUUAAAGAGAGGAGUUUCUCCAAACUUAUUCCAAUCUCCAUAGCCAGAAAGCUACAGUGUAACGCUGUUAAGAACAUUAGUGUUGAAGUGUUUUCUACUUUUCUCCCAGCAACCAGAACACUAAAUGUUCUUCCCAGAUAUAGAAAUAAAUUGUGUUGCCAUACCUGCGAUGACCCAGAAACCGGCUCAAAGGACGAGUGCCCCGCAGAGAGGCCGCCCCAGACCCGAGAAGGGCCGGGAACGGAUGCCGCACAACCAGAAAAGUCCCGCCCCCGGCCCUCGGCCGCCCGCGCCCCAGGCCCGCUCGGCGGACUACAGGGGCGCGGUGGCGGGGAGAUGGCGCAGGGGAAGGAAGCGGCCUCCACCCAGGUCGGGCCCCGCGCCGCGCUCACCAUCCGGCUCAGGGACUCGGAGACCCGCCGCCUGCCGCCGCCCCGGGGCCCCUCGGCGCCCGGCUGGAGGCGCAGACACGGAUCGCAGCCGCCGGAGCCAGGCCUUCGCUGCGCGCUGCGGAAAGAAAACGCAACGGACCAGCUUCCGGCUCUUCCGCGCGGCUCGGCCCCACACUGACUCCGCCACACUCUGGUUCCGCCCUCCAGCCGGAAGGCCUGAGGGCUUCCGGCGCACGGGCUGUCAACGGGGCCCCCUUGGCUUCGAACCUGGCUCCUUGUUAAACAUUUUUAAAGGGCAUGUUGUUCUGAAAAUGAGUUUGGUGCUUAGAAACCUGCAACGAGCUGUCCCCAUCAGGAGAGCGCCUCUUCGCAAGAAGUUGGAGAUUGUGAGGAGUAUAUUAGGGGUGCAGAAAUUUGACCUGGCGAUCAUCUGUGUUGACAACAAGAGUAUUCAGCACAUUAAUAAAAUCUACAGAGAGAAAAAUCUGCCAACAGAUGUGCUUUCCUUUCCAUUUCAUGAGAAUGUAAAAGCAGGUGAACUUCCCCAGCCUGAUUUUCCAGAUGACUACAAUUUGGGUGACAUUUUCCUAGGAGUGGAGUAUAUCUUCCAGCAAUGCAAAGGGAAUGAGGAUUACUAUGACGUCCUUACCGGGAUCCUGGAGCUUCUGUGUGACUUGAAGCAGAGCUUCCCAGCAAGAGCCAUUGUGACAGGUGACUGCCACCCAUGGGCUCUGUCACCUGCUGGGCUUCACACACAGCACGGAGGCUGAAUGGCAGAAGAUGUACCAGAAGGAAAAGCAGGUUCUCGAGGAGCUGAGCCGGCGCACCGGGACCAGUCUCCAGCCCCUAAGCAGGGGCCUCUUCUGACUGCUGGAGGCCCAAGAUGUGAGUGGCACCUGAGGGACUCUCCAGCACACAGGGACACCAUGUGGAGGGCAGAUGGACCCUCACCUUCGGGCCCUGAGGACCAGGCACGCCACCAAACUGAGGGCUCUGCUGGUUGCUACUGCCCCGUGGGGCUGCAGAAGUGACUAAGUAUAAAAAGUAAUGUCCGUUCAUGUCUUCAUUUGGAAGCCAGCAGACAUGUUAUUUUCAGUAUUGCAGAUAAGAUAGUUCUAAACUCUUAGAAUGGAGAGGUGGAGCACAGGAACUUCAUCCGCCUGGGGUUCUGCCUUAGGCGAGAGGCAUUCUUCUCUCCUGCCUGUGCAGCCUGCACAGGAAAAUCAACCAGGCAGCCCAGGGCGGGCAUGCCCCUCACCCUCCUUCCUACGGGAACCCUGUUGGAUUCGGUCCCCACUUACCCCUCGAGAGUGCUGUGACCUGGUACCUUCAUGAGGGGAGACACAAGGCUGACCCUUAGGGUGGCCACAAGGCCCAGGACCACCUCAGUCACGUGACCCACAGCAGCCAUCUCCCACCCGUCACAUCUCGUGAGGUGGUUGCAGCCCCGGCUCGGAGCAUUGCCUGUGGACUCUACCUAAGGCCUCUUUCCUGACAUGACAGGAGCUCUCGAGCCCUGUUGGCCCUGUUCACCUGCUGAGUGAAGUUAAGUGUCUCCUGGCUCCAGGGGAGCCCUGAGCUCCAACUGCCACAUCCCAUCCUCUUUCCUGUGUUUCUUGCCUUGUCCUCUGAAUAUUAAACCCAGGAGGCAGCACAGACCUUCACCCAGAGCUGCUCAUGGGCCCAGGGCAUCAUGGGAGCAGACCAUGGGCUGCUGGCUGAGCCAGCCCGGGCCUCCAUCACUCGGACCUCCCAGGUACCGGUGUUGGCAGUGGCACCGUGACCUCUGCAGAGGCCAUGGCAAUAAAACAGCCUCUCGGGGACUCUGGCCCCAAAACCAGGGAUACUACAAUUCUGAGAAUUUGGUUUCUCCCAUGAAUCCAUCUCAAAGGUGAAAAUGCAUUUCCCACUGGAUCUGCCAUGUCUCCACUUGGACUUUCCCCAGGCGCUCAGGGACACAGAGGUGGGCUCAUGGUGUUCCUGAGUGCUCAUGGGCUCUGCGCAGCCUGCCUGUAGCCAGGGAAGCUGGCUCUCAGUGGAAAGUCGAACAGCAAAGACCAAAGAUGACCCCACAAAGCUCUUGGCGUUACGGUUCUUUUUAAGAGAAGGAAGGGGUCCUGAGACCUGCCUGUCCUGUCAGCAGGCAUUUCGGAUGCUCCCCCGUCUUCCGUUACAGCCAACCCCCAUGCAUCUCUGGUCACGUGGGGCUCGGGAGAUCUGCCAGGGAUUGGGCCUCAGAACAGAACUGCUGGGGGCUGGGGGUGAGGGAUCCAGCUUUAUCAGGCAAUGCCUAGUGCUUCCCAGGGGCCUGGUCACUCGUCCCCCCUGCAGCCCAUAGCAAUGACCUUGGCGUCCAGACCCCAGCCCCCAUGCACGCAGACUCCCCACCCCCAUCACGUGUGCACUGAGGCUGGCCUGCAUCUGUCCUGUCAGCAGUGACCGGCUUUUCAUUGGCGUCCCCUCCACUGUGAAGUAUUGGUUUUUCUUUUUUAUUGAUUCAGAGGGGUUUUUAUAUAUCAUUGAAAACAAUAGGGAAUGUAAGCCAGUGUCCUUCUGAUCUAAAUCUGAGAAAAGGCUGUCCCAUCCAGCCAUGGAGCUCUGUCUCGGCUGUCUCAUUCCCCUGGACACUUCUGCCCGCCCCUGAGCUGGCCACAGUGCCCUGAUUCCAGAGCUUCUGCAAACCCAGCCUCUGCCAGGACAGGCCCUUCUUCCUGCUCCAGGGGUCCCUUGGGUUCUUCAGCCCAUUACUCUCCCGUGUGGUCUCCAGAUUUAGCUCCUGAGUGCCAGGAAACACUGGAGUCUCGAUUAGAGGCACAGUAAGUCUGCAGAGCAGCUGGGACAUUUGGGCUCCAGGCCAGGCCUACAUGGUGUCUCGUUUCACAGGUCUUCGACUUCUCAGCACCCCACACCAAGGGGCAGGAGGGCACGGCCAUGAGAAGAAAAUGGUUUCUUCACUCAUACGUCUUCUGACAUGAGUGCUAGGAGUCUGUGCAGACCCCACAGGUUAAGGGUUCAGUCCCACAGCACUGCCCCCACUUUGGAGCAGGGUAUACACGCCUCUGUCCACCUCUACCACAGAUCAGGGGACUGCGGGGGUUUGGGGCUCUGGACAGAAGUGGGGGUGAAGACCAAACCUGUAGCUCUUACAGCACACAGUCAAGUUCUGCACAGCCAGCCUCCACCCCGGGCUCCAGGCACUUGGAGCUCAGACCCCCCUCCCAGGCAGGUUUGUAGCAGUGUCAGAAGUUGUGACUGCUUCCAUGUUCACGGCUCUCUUCCAGGGCCUGCUCUGACCUCUUUAGCAUCCCCAGGUCGGCCUGCGCAGAACCAAGGGGACCCCCCCCCCUCCCGUGAGGGCUGCCUUCACCCCUGUGCCCCACAUAACUGUGACCCCACUUGAUGCCCAGUGGUGCCUUGCUCUGUCCUGUCACGGCACCUGGACGCUCCUCGAUGCAGGAAGAUGUUUCCUUUAUCCCUGUGGACCGAAGGCUCCUGAAACCCUUGUAAUUUCUUGGGUGAUAGGCAUGUCUUUUGUUCUGAGGCAACUCUUAGGGGCUCCUGGGGGGGGCCCGGGCCCCCAGAAAGACCUGCCAUGAUUGGAAGCUUGUUAACUGUUAGCCCCUUCCUCCCAUCCCAUUCUCCAGAGAGGGAGAAGGGCUGGAAAUGCAGUUAGUCUAUCUCGCAGGCCUGCCUAUGAGAGGAAGUCCCCAUAAAUCCCAGGAGCGCAGGGUCCCAAGAGCCUCCAAGUGAGUAAACACAUCCACACUGAAAGGGUGACGCACCCCAACUCCACGUGGUGGAGGCUCCUGUGCAGGGGACCCUCCCAGACCUGCCCCACCCCUUAUCACAUCCUUCAACCGGCAAAUGUGUUUCCUGAGUUCUGUGAACAGCUCUAACAAAGUAAUCGAACCUGAAGAGGGGGCCAUGGGAACCUCUGCUCCCUGACCCAGCAGGUCAGGAGCAGGGACAACUGCACUUGCAGCUGGCGAGGGAGGUGGGGGGCAGUCUCGUGGGACUUCAUCCUCACGCAGGUGGACAGUGUCAGAACCGAGUUGGAUGACAGGACAUCCUGGUGAUGCCGGCGAGGACUGGUAACUAGAAGUGACAGAAGUGCCUGUUCUAUGUGUGAGUAAAGUCCUUCACGAGGAAGGACUGGGUUUUCCUCACUCAAGACACAGACAAAACUGAGUUUUUCCAAUUUAUCAGGCCAUCCAAAGACAUCCAACUUCUGUUAAACUUCCUCCCUGUUAAUUAAUUAAUAAUUGUGUUGAGAAAUAAAACCCAAUUGUGUUGAGAAAAGCCAUGUUAGAAAACAUCAACAUUGGGACGCCUGGGUGGCUCAGUCGGUUAAGCGGCCAACUUCAGCUCAGGUCAUGAUCUCACGGUUCGUGUGUUCAAGCCCCAUGUCAGGCUCUGUGCUGACAGCUCGGAGCCUGAGCCUGCUUUGGUUUCUGUGUCUCCCUCUCUCUCUGCCUCUCCCCCACUCAUGCUCUGUCUCUCUGUCUCUUAAAAAUAAAUAUUAAA